ACCAAUUAUCAAAAUGUCUCCGCCUGGCCGAAUCGGAAAGAUAUCUACUCCACCCCACGGAGCCCUUUGCCUCUUCCAUAUGUAAGCAGGCCACCCUAGUCGAUGGCGUGCUGAUGGCGUGCGACAACACAUUCACCACAUUGGUCCAGAUCGAGUUCGAUAAGUCCCCUGGCGAUGUAACAAGCGACCCGUCAUUCCCGGUAGCUGUAAAUAAUUAAUAAUGGCAAAAGAUUUAAGAAUAAGUACAUUCAUUAUCGACAUCGCAAGGUCGGGUUGCGUUUAUGUCAAGAUAGCUGUGAUACACUUGCUGGAAUAAGUGUCUGUGAGAUAGAACUGCCCGGUAUACUUGCACGUAACGCACUCGGCAUCGUCGCAGCUAUGGCAGAAACGCAAUCCAGACGUGCCCACGUCGGCAGAAACUCGUGGAAAACGGUUCGUACGCUCCUACGAAAGAUAAGAACGAAAUCGAACUCGAACUCGAACUCGAAUGAGAAAGCACAGUCGAAUUUAAUAGAGGGCAUACGGAAAGGUUCCACGCCGACAACAACGACGGAUGAAUCUGCCAACGUCUCGGUCGCUGAGUUCGCUGUGCCCGGUAUGCAGAAGGCCCUCGUCGUUGCUCGUAAGGGCGAAUAUGAGAUCCGCCAUGACUUCCCGAUGCCGGCGGUCGGGGACGAUGAGAUUAUGAUUCGAGGACACUACGUCGGCCUGAACCCUAUCGACUGGAAAUCUGUUGACUAUAAUUUCUGCUUGCCUGAAUUUCCGUGGGUUACGGGCCGAGAAAUGUCUGGGGUAGUAGCCCAAGUUGGUUCUGCCGUUACUCAUUUUAAGCAGGGCGACUAUGUCUGGACCAGUACGUACUAUAAGGACGUUCGUGCCGGCUGUUUUCAGGAGUAUGUGGUAGUGCCCUCGCAUACUGUGCUUCCUAUCCCAUCAGGAGUACCUAUCGAAGCUGCGGCAUGUCUAGGCGUCGCAGCUUUGACGGCAUCUAUGACAUUAUGGAAGUGGUUAGGCGUACCGUUUCCGCAACAACCCACAGAUAACGAAGAGGAACAAUGGCUUUUGAUCUGGGGCGGCUCUACCGUCACAGGCCAAUUUGCUACGCAGAUUGCGCGGCUCAGCGGGAUUAAAGUGGUAACCGUCAAUUCCGUAGAGACAAAGUCGUUAUCGGAGCGCUUGGGUGCGAACCAUGUGGUAGUGAGAGACGGAAAAUCAGAUGAACAGGUUGUGGACGAAAUUCGAGCUAUCACCAGCGACAAUGUCACGCGGGCAAUCGACUUAGUAGGACCUAAAACAGCAACCCUAGCGCUCGAUGCCGUAUCAAAAACCAAGCCCGUCGCUUUCGCACCGCUAGCUAUGAUGUCAGGUUCCCAAAUAAUCCCCGAGAACGUCGAAGUGCAUACAGUUGAGAUGAAGCAAUUCGUCCUUGAUAAGAGCAACGUCCGCUAUACCGAAGAACUCGGAAAGCUGUUAGACGGGGGUCGGAUUAUUUUGCCCGAGAUACAUUUGAUUGAUGGAGGCUUACACUCAAUUCAAGGGGGGUUAGAUAUGCUGAAGAAGGGGAACUUGAAAGGCAAGAAAUUGGUGGUGCGGAUGUAAUAAAAAGGGGUAGGAAGUGUGCUUUUAGUAAUGUAUUAGAAUGCCACUGGGUUUUUAGCCCGUGGGUACAGUAUAUAGACCAGCAUACAGAGGGCGUUGAGGUAGUGUGGCUAUUUUAUUCUUGCAAAUCAAUAUAUGCAUCCAAGGCAGAGAGAAUUAUAUAUAAGCGCCUGGAUCAGAGAAGGUGUGUUGGAAUAUAUUAGUGGUCGGGCCCGGUUGACUAUCAACAUUGAGA